AUGGGUGUCAAGAGUCGCUUCACAGUUGUGUUCCAGGAAGCUGAGGAUGUUGGCGAACGGUUGGAGAUCAGCGAUGACGAGCUUACGGUGAAAGGAGGGCCUGAUGUGGUGGUGCAGCAGAGGUGGAUUAUAGAUUCAGCGGAGCAGGGAAUUGAGGGAUUGAGGCGUGUAACGUGGAGCAAUGGCGCUGUCGAGCGUUCGAGCCUCUCAAGAGUGAUCAGCGCGGCGCUGAGCCCAGGAUUUAACGUUUACAGCACAGAAGCUAGCUUUUUGAGUCAAAGUCUUGAGACACCUUUCUACAGAUCGUAUCAUAGCACGAUUCCUAAGGUCAGGGAAUAUGUUCCGGUCGAACUUGGGAAAAUUCUAUCUCAGUUGGAUGCUGAAAAAUGUGAUAUAGACAUCAGGCUCAUGGGCAAUCGCACGGAGAUAGCUCAAUGGUGUCUUCUACGGGAUAACGAGAAUAUCACUUUUAGAAAGGAAGCAGAUAUUGACGCUUGCGAGGCAGGACUCUUUUAUUUAGACACAAGGGACUCCAUAGACGUGAAUCUCAGUGGUCUGAGAUGCAAAUGGGGCCCUGAUGGUGUGAUGAAUAAGUGUCAAAAAACCACUCUUUUCUACAAAACCGCUCACAUCUCUCCCACGACUCUCGAGCGCCCGACUAUAGAGCUAGAAACGCCUGUCGGCCUCCAUCCCAAGAUUUUGAUCGACCUAAGCAGCACGCCCAAGAGUCAGAAAUGCGAGUAUUUUCUACAUUUGAAGCUACCAACAGAUUUGUUUGUUGACCGAUUCCAGUCUUCUCCUCUGUUUCUCUACGGUGCUCAAGAUUUGGAGCUCCCAGAGUACAAGCUAAGGGGAGAGACUUGGGGUUCAGAAUCAUUGUUCGAACUGGACGCCGAGCGACUGAAUGAAAUCACUCUCCAUUCUAGGUACGUUGAGCCAAUGGCUGGUAAUCAGUCUAAAACAGUGCGCUUCACUCCCUUGCUGUUCCGCGCGUGCGACUCCGAUGAGAAGAUUCUUAUGGAGAAUCCAUUCUACUCCAGAGGGCUUGGAUACGAAUCGUUCUUUACGCCCAAUACCAUAUUUGAAGCUUUCCCUUCGUCUGUCCUAGAAGUUACGAUUCCUAGACCAGACACUGUUCAUUAUGAAACUACCAAAUUGGUAACGCUGACAUGCCUGUUGGUUUCUUUGGUUUACAUUCUAUUGAAGAUAGCUAUGAAACCGCGUUCUGGGAGAUACACAGCUAAAUGA